UUCCCCAACAAAAACUCCGCAAGAGGAUUUGAGGUCAUCGAUGCCAUUAAAUCCAGCGUCGAAGCCUCCUGCAAAUCAACUGUUUCCUGUGCCGACAUCCUCGCUCUCGCUACUCGCGAUGGCGUAGUUCAGCUGGGUGGGCCGACGUGGGCUGUAGCUCUGGGCCGUAGAGACGCCACCACGGCCAGCCAAAGCGCGGCGAACAGCGAUCUCCCAGGCCCAUCAUCAACCCUCUCCACACUCAUCUCCAAGUUCGCCGCAAAGGGUCUGAACGCACGUGACAUGACGGCGUUGUCUGGGGCCCACACCAUAGGCCAAACCCAAUGCCAAUUCUUCCGCUCUCGCAUCUACAAUGACAACAACAUCAACCCCAGCUUCGCUGCCCUGCGACGGGGAAGCUGCCCACAGGCUUCGGGUGGAGAUACAAAUUUGGCGCCGCUGGACGUUCAGAGCCCCAAUAAGUUCGGGUCGGAAUACUAUCAGAACUUGAUGGGCUCCCGGGGGCUGUUGCAUUCCGAUCAGGAGCUCUUCAAUAAUGGAACGCAGGAUGCUUUGGUGAGGCAGUACAGAAACAAUAAAGCUCUCUUCUUCCGCGAUUUUGCAGCGGCUAUGGUGAAGAUGGGGGGCAUUACUCCGCUUACGGGAAGCAGCGGAGAGAUAC